AUGGCACCCAGGCUCUACUGCUGUCUGGAAUCCGGCAACUGCUACAAAAUCCGGCUACUAGCUUCACUCCUCGACAUCCACCUGGACGAGGUACAAGUCGACCUCUUCACCAAUGCACAGAAAUCGCCUGACUUCCUCGCGAUCAACCCCAAAGGAGAACUUCCGGCGCUCGUGGACGGCGAUAAAGUCUUCACUGAUUCGAGCGCCAUCAUGGUCUACCUGGCCGGUACGUCUCGAGAUCGAGGCUCAGAGACGCUUCCUUCAAGCUACUGGUCGUCCGACGUGGUUGAGCAAGCGCAGAUUGUGGACUGGUUGGCCUUCGCCGCCAGUGAUAUACAUGUCGGCCUGGCCAAGGCACGCGCGAUCAUGGCGUUCAACUGGCCUGCUGGGGCGAGUGAGGAAACUCUCAGCGAGGCCAGACGCAAAGGCGUCGCGUCGCUUCAGAUUCUGGAUCAGAGGCUCCGCAAAGAAGAGUGGUUGGCGUUGGGGAGAUCGACGAUUGCCGACAUCGCCGUCUAUGUCUACGUCGCCCUGGCGCCGAUGGGUGGCGUGUCGCUGGAGCCGUUUCCUGCAGUCAAGGCAUGGCUGGAACGAGUGACGAAGCUGCCUGGUUACAUCGGGCCUGAUGGUUUGGACCAGCCGUUGCAAAACCGGUGA